UACACUACUCUUCGGGAUGUCCAAGUGAGAAAACUGAAACUUUUGACGAAGAGGCUGCCAUGACUGACCUGCGACGGAAGAAGAGAUGGUAUGGCCGGGUAGAGUCUCAUUGUGCCUUAUACAGCCUGCUUCAUUCGGACGCUGGUUUUGUUUCUGUUCGAUUCCUGACUGGCAUUUGAAGUUGAACAUGUCGGUUUUGUUUUGCUGGGUUGCUGAUAUGUCAAUGGCCGAAUGAGUAGUACCAGUGCAGUCUGUGGUACAUCUUGAAUCGAGCUGCUGACAGAUCAAAAAAGAGAAAGAAACCCUCAGCUGGGAUUUUCGCUCACUGCCUUGUACCCGAGACACUGCUGGACGAUAUACCGCAGCUUCAUCUUGGUCCGGCACCAUGGUCAAAUUUACAACGAAGCAUCGUCACCACUCGCGCCCACACAGACACCGCCAUGACUACCACCGCCACCGUUACUCGUACCAGCGCUCACGUUACCAAGACGAGUCCGAUGAGGAUUCUGACACGGAACCACCAGAAGAAGAAAAAAGGAUCGAGAUUGACCUCCUCGAUCUUGAUGGCCUCCGGGAAAAGAUGAAAAUCGGCAUCAGGCCCACCUCGCAGCUAGAUCAUGUCGCCACCUUCCUCCGGCGGCGCUACCAUGGAGACAGAUAUGAAAAUUCCAUCUCCAAAGACGCGCGCAUCGCCUUCUACUGGAUGGAAAAGCAUCUAACCGGCCCGGAAAUCCCCACUGGGCUGUCCUUGCUGCGGUACCGGGUAUUGUCGUCCAGCCAAGACGAUGAGUCUCUCCAGAUUACCUGGAACAGCCGACUGGACCUGGAGCCGGAACAGCUGGAGCAGAUCGAGGAGGAUAUCCUGGAAGGCAAGACGGUCGCGAAUCUCAGACGCAGCAUCGCGGCCCAUUUAGGGGUUGAAGAUCCUAACCGAGUCGUUAUCUCGGCUUGUGGGGGCUUGAGGCCAGGCGUGCUGCAGGGGAGUCACUGGGAAGCGAAGAGUAUCGAGACGUGGCUUUGUCGGCAUCUAUACAUCGGCCUUGAAUCGCCGGGAAAUUACGUCAUUCUUCACGGGCUGAAUCAGGAGUAUGUCUACCACCCGCCGCCAGGAUCUAGAAGCAGUCGGUUUUUGGAUAUCCAGAUGCUGAAGACUUGGUUGAGGGGCGAGGUCAUCACGAACGUCCACCAGCGAUCGUCGAGUCAGAUAGAGGUGGAUGAGGAUGAUAUCCGACUCCUUUCCAAGGGGAAAUGGCUGACGAAGCGCUCGCGGAUUGGUCUAGGCGCCAUGGUGGAUUUCGAAUUGAGUCAUUCCGUCGAGGGGAGAUUUCUGGAAGAGGAGGCCUGGCUCGUUCCUUCUACGGAGACCUGCAUCGUGUGUAGCGAGGACAAGCGGGCCUCUGAAAUGCCACGCCGCGUCACGGAGGCUUGUGAGCAUGAGGCGCAGACGUGCAAAGAUUGCGUGAGCCAGUGGAUCGUAUCGAGCCUCGACACCGUGACUUGGGAUCGACUGCGCUGCCCCGAAUGUCCAAAACUGCUUCGUUUUGAGGAUGUGAGACAGUUUGCAAGUCCGGAAGUAUUCGACAGAUACGACAUCCUCGCCACCAAGGCCGUAGUGACCGAGUUCCGCGACUUUCGAUGGUGUCUCAACCCGCGGUGCGGAUCGGGGCAGAUCCACCGCGACAGCUGCCCCAGAGUGAAAUGCCACGCUUGCAAGGCGUCGUCGUGCAGCUAUCAUAACGUACCCUGGCACAGCAAGGAGACGUGCGAGGCGUACGAUCGCAGGACGAAGAAGCAGAGGAAGAACGAUAAGGCGUCGGAGAAGCGGGUUAAGGAGAUUACCAAGUCGUGUCCCAAGUGCAGGAGGGACGUGCAUAAGUAUUCGGGGUGUGAUCAUAUUACUUGUGAGUCUUUUCCUUCUCCCUUUUGCUCACUUUCUAUUUUCCUUUCCUCUCUCGAGUGGUUUUGCGCAUAACAGCCCGCGUAUAUGCACGUGAGAUGUGAUGAGAAUACUACCACGACCACAACGCCCUGUUGCAAUGCAAGCACAAGCGCGACUGCAAAUACUUCGAUAACCCACCCAUAUACGAAGGCGACCGGGCCUUCCGCCCCUUCUUG